CUGUUUUGUCUGGGAUAAAGAGAAGAUCAGAUCUAAAAAGCAGUCAUUCAGAUCAGAGAAGCACAGAGGCAAAGGACGUGUUCAGACCAUCUCAUUCCUCUGGCUUCUUUUUUUACCAGGAGCAGGGCUGUUCUGCUGACCCACCAUGACCCAGGCUGUGCUGCUCCUUUGCUGUGUCUUGCUGUCCCAAGUGGCUGCCUUUCCAAGAAAUGCCCAGGAAGGGGCCCUGAACUUCCAGCCAUCUUUCACAGAAACUGGGCAUCCUCUGAACGUGCUCUCCAACCAGAUCCCUCUCCCAGAUCCCCAAACUUGCCAGGAUCUCUUGCACACAGUCCCCUCCUUAGCCCCUCUCUCUGAGUACCUAUCCAACUUAGCUCUGGAGGUGGCCCUGGAGGAGGUUGGUUGCACAACCGAGGCCCACAUUCUGCAGCUUCAGCUUGUUAAGAUGGGAGGAAAGGACACCCCUGAAACCCUCAUCCGUGAGAGCAGAAAGCACAAUAAGGAAGAAGGGAUUGGCAAUGCUAAGGUCAUUCUGAAGGAUCUGGGAGGAUCCCUAGGGGAGCUUAGGUGGGUGCAGCGCUCAGUUACCCUUCCUGAGGCACGUGGGCAGGAACAUAAGUGGGUGCUCUACGAGACAGCGCAACUGAUAGUUGAAUUUGCUGAGAAGCUCCCUUCCACUGAGCUGGUAACAGAGUUAAAGAUUUCUGCCAUUAGUGUCACCCAGAAGUGCACGGAUAAAUCUCGGGAGCAUUUGGAAGCAGUAGGCAAACGGCUGAUGGAAAGCCCUGAGAUUAAAGACUUCACAAUGCCUAUGGAAGAUCAAAUAUACUUUGUCAAGCAUUCCACAACCAUUCUGACGUGCCUUAUACUGGGACUAAUACAGAAACAUUUCCAGACAUUUUUUGGAUAGGGAAGGCCUCCGAGGAAUCCUAUCUCCUGUCUCAAAUGUCUCUGAUAGGACUGCGUACAAGGACUGUGCACAACAGGUAGUUAGAAAUGUUGAGACAGCUUAGGGCAGAAGUGUGCUACUCAUUUGAUCCCAGUGCUAAAAGACAUGUGACCAGAGUCAGCUUUGCCCCCUCUCUUAAUAGGUCCUAGCCCCAUUUUUUCUCCCAAUUUCUCUGUAUUUCAGUUGAAAGAUACGUGGAUAUAUUAUGUACUAGACAUGAAGGAUAUUGUAAUCUUUCCCUGUUCAACUACCUUUUACUUUCUAAUUCCCCA